CAAGUUUAAGAAAACAAAGGGUUACAAAUUUAUGGAAAAUGUAUUGUUUUUGUUUGCAGAAGAGGUUUGUUGUGAAUGCAUAUAAUAUGUAUAAAAUGUAAAAUAUAUGUGCAUAAAAACAUUGGUUGGCUUUGGGUCACGUGCCAAGGUUAAGGGUCACGGCCUCGGCCUUAUGGGUAGAAGAUGGGUGUGGCCGUUGAGAAGAAGAUGGUGUGCUGCGUAACAUGAAAAUAUUCUUCACUGGUUUCAUUGAGGCGCACACGUUUACACGGUGUCUAAGAGAGAGAGAGAGAGAGAGAGAGACAAUAAAAGACAAAAAGACAUCAGUAUGUUUCGUGGCCUUCUUUAACGGAACCAGUGCAGCUAAAGUGUAAACGUAACGCCAACACGGCCGAGAGUUCAGAGCAGAGCACCGCCGGUCCGCGGGGAAGCACAGCCAUAAAAAAGCGGAGCCGCAAAGGAGCGUGUAGCCGGUCGCCGGAGCAGACGUCGGAGACGGAGCUUACUGACAGACUACACGGGAAAAGUCACGGGAAUCGCCUGCCGUCGGGCCGAGAGCGGCGCAACUUCAGCAACAGAGCGCAGCGUUCAUCAGCAUCAGAUUCAGCUCUGCAAACAUCCUCACCACAGGCUCAGCGUGCAGGACUGAUUCAUUCACCGCUGCGGGGAAAGCAGGAGACAACGGGACUGCAAACGGCGCCAGGUUUGACUGUGUUACCUCUGCAACUAAACGGACAUUUGUUUAAGACUGGCUUAUGGUGAAAAGUAACUGAUUUAAUAGUAUUGCUGAAAGUUUUCUACUUUAUUAUUGUUAUCAAGGUUUGAAUGGUUUUCUUAAUCUGAGAGUUUAAAGCAUGUUUUAAGCAGUUAUUAAGAGGUUUGCCUAGAUUUGACUAGAUAACCACAGAACAUUAAGGUUUGAAUCACACCAGUAAUUGCAUGGUUGCAAAUGUUAAAGCAAUAACUGAUAUUACUGAUACUGCAUCAUUUCCAAUGUAAGCAUAAUGUCAGAUCAUGGAGAAAAGUCACAGAGUGGGGAACUUGAGCUCUUACAAGCUGAGCUGACUAGGUUAAGUGAACUAUUAGAAUCACAGACUGAUGAUGCUGAAAGGGAAAGAUUGGAGACACUCAUAGGUGAUAUUCAUGCCACUAUUGAAAUACAUAAAGUAACAGUAGAACCCACCUCAACCACAGUUAAGAGUGUUAUACCUAGGACAUCUUCACGUGAGAAGAAGUUAACCCCAAAAAUGCUGGAGCUAAAGCAAAAGGAGGUUUCUCAGAAGGAGAACAAAUUCAUCACAAAAUAUGAAUGCUGGAAAGAAAAAGUUAGAGAUAUACGCUCAGAACUUAAAGAUGAGUGCUCAGAUAAGGACUUGUGUGAUAUGAUGGACAUUGUGGAAGAGCUGGAAACACAAGUGAGGGAUCUUUAUGAUAAUGCGAGAUCUCUUUCGGCACCCUCUACUGAAAUUAGAAGGAAAAUGGAUUCUUGCUCAGCUGUAACUACAGACCUAAUGGGACUAAUGAAAGUACGCAUGAGUGAGGUUGGUCAAGAGGAGUUUAAUGCCAAGGCAGAACGUGCCAGACUUCAUAUGGUGCUUGACAGAGAAUAUGCACAAUCCAUAUUUGGGAAGUCAACAGCCUCUAAAUCUACUGAACAUAGUCAUCGCUCAAGCUGCCCAUCAGAACAGCAAAUUCUUACAGUUAAAAGAGCGGACUGUGCUGCACAGCUUGCUGCAAAAAAGGCUGAAAUUGAGAUGGAAGCAGCAAUUGCUGCACAAAGGCAAGAACUCAAAAAACUGGAAAAUCGGAGAGAUCUUGAAGUAAUAUCUGCAAAGCUAAAGGCGUACUCAGAUGCUGACUCUGGAGAGAACUGUGAGAAGGAUUCAGUUGCAUACAGUUCAAUGCACAAUUGUUCUCCAGCCCCUCCUAAACAAAUGGAAAAAGAUCAAACAUGUAAGAACAGUAAAAAUGAACAACCAAACAACACUAUCAAUGAUGCAUUUCUUACACAAGCCGUACAUGACACAAUGGUUUUGAGCAGACUUCCAGCACCUGAGCCCUCAGUCUUCACAGGAGACCCACUUAAAUUCAUAAGUUGGAGCACAAGUUUCAAGACUUUGAUAGAGCGACGUUGUACAAAUCCCGCUGAUAGGUUGUUCUACUUACAGAAAUACAUCAGUGGUGAGGCACGAUCUGUGUUAGAAGGAACCUUUUACAGAAAAGACGAUGAAGCUUAUGAACAAGCCUGGAAGGCCCUAAACGCACGUUAUGGCCAUCACUUUGUAAUCCAGCGUGCCUUUAGAGAAAAGCUGAAAAACUGGCCAAAAAUUGGCUCAAGAGACUCUGUUAAACUAAGACAAUUUAGUGAUUUUCUAACAGCCUGCAGUAAUGCUAUGCCUCAUGUCAAAGGCCUGCAAGUGUUAAAUGAUUGUGAGGAGAACCAAAAGAUGCUACAAAAACUCCCUGAUUGGGUGACCUCCCGCUGGAACAGACAUGUAACACAGCAGCUGCGACACACAGAAGAAUAUCCCAAAUUCAAAGAGUUUGCAGAUUUCCUGGCCACAGAAGCAGAAAUUGCUUGCAAUCCUGUGACAUCACUCAAUGCCUUGAAACCCACUGACGAAAAGCAGUCUAGGGAUAUAAAACGCACAAAGGCUAAUGCAUUCAUCACAAAUGUGAAGGCAUCUGAUAAGACAAGUACAGAGCUGGAAUGCAGUGCUGCAGAGAACAGCAUAAAGGUUUCAAACAGAGCAAGGAAAGUGAACCCAUCAUUCACAUCAAGUGCAGUCACAUGCAUGUGCUGUGGUGAGACUCAUUCCAUUCACAAAUGUCAAAUAUUCACCAACAAACCUGUAGAAGACAAGAGGAAGUUCAUACAUGACAAUAACCUGUGCUUUGGCUGUCUUAGGAGAGGACACAAUUCAAGGGACUGCAAGAACAAAGCUACAUGUGGAAUAUGUAAGAGACCUCAUCCAACACCACUUCAUGAAAACCGUUCUGUUGCUGCUACAGACACAUCCUCCUCCCAUGCCAUGCAAGCGGAAGAGAACACGUCAUCUCUCUCUUGCUCUGUGGACAAAGGCGAUGGUGGGAGUACAUCCAUGAUCAUGCCUGUAUGGAUUUCAUCCACUAGCGCACCCGAAAAGGAGACAUUAGUUUAUGCUCUGUUGGAUACUCAGAGUAGCAGCACCUUUGUGGACCAAGAAGUAUGUGAGAAAAUGGGAGCCGGUUUAGAGCCAGUCAAGUUGAAGUUAACCACUAUGAUUGGCAAAGAUGCCAUCGUUCAGAGUGACAGAGUAAGUGGUCUUAGAGUUCGAGGAUUUUCCUCACCUAGCUUCAUUAACUUGCCACCAGCCUAUACCAGGGAUUUUAUUCCCCUUGAACGUUCUCACAUACCUACCACUGAAACUGCCAGAAGGUGGAAACAUCUGAACUGCAUAGCCAAGGAAAUACCAGAGUUGAUGGAUUGUGGGGUCGGACUCUUGAUCGGCUAUGAUUGCUCCAGAGCAUUGGCACCUCGUCAAGUCAUCACAGGAGGUGAUGAUGAGCCAUAUGCUGUCAAAACCGAUCUGGGUUGGAGUAUUGUCGGCAGCUCACCACAAGUAGCAAAGUCAUCAGAGGUGACAGGUCUGUGUCACCGUGUGUCCGUGAAAGAACUUCCUCCAUUGACACCGGCUACGGUCAUCAAAGCUCUUGAGUCAGAUUUCAAGGAUACCAAUCCUAGAGAAAAGAGCAUAUCACAAGAUGACAUACAGUUCAUGAAAAUACUAAAUGAGGCAAUACAUCAUGAUUCAGAUGGGCACCUGGAAAUGCCGCUUCCCUUUAAGACACGUCCAAAACUGCCAGAAAACAAACGACUGGCUCUUGUGCGACUGAAUCAACUGAAAAGAAAGUUUGAGAAGAAUGCCGAGUUCAAAGAUGACUACACCAAGUUUAUGGAAGGCGUCUUCAAGGAUGGAGACGCAGAGGAAGCUGAAAGUCAACCUAAAGCAGGACAUGUGUGGUAUAUCCCACACCAAGGGGUCUACCACCCGAGAAAACCUGGAAAAAUUAGUCGUGUUCGACUGCUCAGCCAAAUAUGAGGGCACAG